AUGGGUAGAAAAUGGUCCAGUGGAGGCAGAUCCAGGAGCAAAUCCAGUGAAGCUAAUGGCUGCAUCCCUGCUCUUUACCACUUUUUUCAUUCUCGCCAUUUUUACUUUCCUUCACGUCAUCAUCAUCACCACCAACCAAGUUUUGAUUCUCCCUCAAGAUAUCCAAAAGGCUUGGUUGCGCCACGAAACAGCUUGGAGUUAACAGAGGAGUCUUCACUAUCAACAAAUUACAAGGAAAAAGAUAGCUUAAACAUCUCUGUUGGCGGGAAAAGGUCAAACCUUAGAGCUCUUAUUUUUGAUAGAUCCUCUGAUAACUGCAACUCACCUAGCGCCAAGUCACCAAACCUGGUGGCUAGACUCAUGGGUCUUGAUCUUCUUCCUGAUAACUUAGACAUUAAUAGAUCAUCAAGAAAAAGUUUAAGAGGACAUAGACUCACUGAGAACUGCUCAGGGAUAAGAUCUUUGCCUGAGAGCCCCAGGGUCUCUUCUGCUCGUAAAUCUGAUUCCGACGUUCGUCGCCUCUCUCUUCAGCUAAACAGAGAGAAUAAGCAUGAAGACUCUGUGUGUCAGAGGCUGAAAGAUGAGGAAAAUCAAAGUCCGGAAAAUAAUGAGAGGGUCAUCACUAGAAGACUUGGCAUGGAUAUAACAAACUUGCUUGAGAACAGAGGGGCGAGACAAGGACAAGACCAGAUUAAGCAUAGGAAAGUGAGAAGCAUGUCUUCACAGAAAGAGAACACACUAAGCUCCAGCCCCACAUUUGUGUUCAAACAUGAUAAGAUCUCUCAAGAACCAACAAGAAAGCUGACCCUUUCAAAACAAUCCAAGAAGAACCUCAAAAACGUGGAUGAACAACCGCUAAGACCUACCAACGUAUGCAAGAAAGUGUGUAGUAAAUCAAAGUUCUCUCCUCAUCCAACACCCAAUAACCAACAGAAGCAGAGACAAGCUUUCAUCUCUACAUCAAGAUGUGAUCGUUUACACAAGAAAGAAUGCAAGCAAAUCCCAAACUCAUCAGCUGUCGCUGCCUCAGAACGUCCCCGGAAACAGAUGGAAAGAGCGGAAGGACCGGAACAGAAAGAAGAUGGGACGAUAUGCCCCGGUCAGAUGUAUAACUACGAGGAGAAGCUUCCUCAAGAACUUCUAAGUUUUAGUUCUUCCCGUUCAACCACCAUUUCUGCCACCUUCUCCAACGUAGGAAGAACCAAAAACUAUUUUGAAUAUCUUCCGGGGAUUAAAAAGCUUGAAAAAGAAGAGGAAAGGGUGGUCGCUGUGAUUGAGCGGCAUAUCGUAGACGCACUCGUGCUAGAAACGGUAAAAUUGGCUUGCGUUUGAGGGGAUAAAACGAGGCGUUUUAGUAAUAACGAACGCUUUUUAUUUGUGGGAACGUGAUGAGACCUAUUCUAGAGUAGCGUCUGCGUUUUGUUCUUAGACGACUAUUACUAACGAGAGACUCAACGCAUAACAUGACAGUGUGCGUUUUGCAUCUCGCUUUGCCAUCGCUGUUACUAA